CGCACGAAAAAACGCUUUGCUGCCUCCUUCGCCAUUUCUCGUUUUCAAGUUUCGCGGUUGCCCCAAAUUCCUUCCCUCUCUCUCUCAUCUUCAAUUCCCCUCUCUCUCCUCUCCUCUCUCUCUUCAAUUCUCCGAUGCGACCGUCGCGUGCUACGCCUUGAUUCGGAAUUCCUAGCAAGGGGGAUUUUGAUUGCGGCGCGGAUUCUUCCCAUACAUGGUCUUUCGACUUUGCGGAGACCUGUGUUGUUGGAAUCGAACCCUCGUCGUCAGCUUGGAAGGCUAGGGCUUGUAGUUGACUUCGGUUCAGCAUUUUUGAGUUCUUUUAUUUUGGAAUACAAGGAAGAAUUCAGUCUGGACCCGGAUUUGAACUGGGGAAAAAGGAGUUGGAGUCGCUUUCGUAAAAGGUGAUUAGGGGAUUGAUUCACUCAUGGCCCCGACAAGAAAAUCUAGAAGUGUGAAUAAGCGUUUCUCUCAUGUUAAUGAGGCCUCUCCUAGUAAAGAUGGAGAUGCAAAGAAAAGCAUGCAGCGGAAACGAAAACUAUCUGAUUUGUUAGGUUCACAAUGGAGCAAAGCAGAGCUGGAGCGUUUCUAUGAAGCAUAUCGGAAGUAUGGAACAGAUUGGAAAAAGGUGGUUGCUGUAGUGAGAAACCGAUCUGUGGAAAUGGUGGAGGCCCUUUACACAAUGAAUAAGGCUUACUUAUCUCUUCCAGAAGGGACUGCUUCGGUGGUUGGCUUAAUUGCAAUGAUGACUGAUCACUACAGCAAUCUGGAAGGAAGUGACAGCGAACAAGAAAGCAAUGAUGGUGUAGGGACAUCCCAAAAAUCUCGAAAGCGUGUUCGGAAUAAAUUUCAGCCUAAUACCUCUCUAGGAUCUGAUGGACACUUUGUUUCGCAUUCCCAGCCAGUUGCUUCUGGUUCUGGCUUUUUGUUAAUGUCGAAGAAGAAACGCUCUGUCGGAAGUCGAGCUCGUGUUGUGGGGAAAAGGACACCUCGCUUCCCUGUUUCAUAUUCUUAUGAGAAAGUUAAUGGGGAAAAGUUUUUUUCUACAACUAGGCAAGGCUUGAAACUAAAGGUGGAUGCUAAUGAUGAUGAUGUUGCUCAUGAGGUAGCAUUAACACUGGCAGAGGCUUCACAAAAAGGUGGUUCUCCCCAAGUUUCUCAAACAGUGAACAGAAGAAGAGGGAGCAUCAUGCUGUCACCAAUUCGGAGUGGUGAACGAAGGCGUGAGCUGCGUGCUGAAUUGGAAUUGAACAGUGCCAAGCUUGGUAGUGAAGUUGAUGAAGAUGGGUUUGAAGGAAGCAUAGGAAGCAUGGAAGCUGAUAAUGGGGAUUUUGCAAGGGAAAGAGAUUAUUUGAGGCAAAGCGAAGUUGCCGGAGGCAGGAAGGGAAGAAGGCUUCAUGGAAGGAAAUUAGAAGUUGAUGAUAGUGGAAAUCAUCGUUUGGAUGACAUUAAGGAAGCCUGUAGUGGGACAGAAGAAGGACAAAACAUAGGCACUGCGAGAGGAAAACUUGAAUUUGAGGUUACAGAUGGAAAAGUUGCACGGUCCACUUCUCAAGUUUCAAGGAAGAAAAGCAAAAAGGCUCUUUUUGGAAGAGACGAAGGGUCUGCUUUUGACGCCUUGCAAACUUUGGCUGAUUUGUCAUUGAUGAUGCCAGAAACAACAAGUGAAAUUGAGUCAUCAGUUCAGGUAAAAGAAGACGAUGAUGAUGAUCUUGUCGAUAGGUAUGGGUUACAGGAUCAAAGGGACAGGAUCAAAUCUGCGGGAGCUAAAUCAAAACGGAAUCAAUUAAUGUCGGGAUUUGGAUCCCCUGUUAGAACAUCUAAGCUUAGAAAAGUUUCUGUUCUUGAUGCUGGUGCUAGCCCUGAAGCAAAGGAGGAACCUCAGCAGCCCACCGCUAAACUUUCGAGAAAGAAACAAAAGAUGUCAUCUAAAAUGCCAAAAACUGAAGCUCAUACUGAUGAUACUCAUCCGAGUGAAUCUCUGGACGCUGAGGCUAGAGAUGCGGGGAAGAAGGUGAUGAGCAAGGGCAAACGCUCUGGGAAUAAUUCCUCUCAGAAAAAACAAGGGAAAUCAGUCAGACAACCAGAGCUUUCUUCAAGUACUGAUCUGAGAGGGGAAAAGGAUGAUUCAUCUCAAUCACUUGUACAGGUUCCUGUGACGAACCAGGUUAAUUUACCAACCAAAGUUAGGAGCAGGCGUAAGAUGGAGCUACAGAAACCACAAAACGUGAAAGAUUUGAAAUUCUCUGAUAAAUUUUUAGAUGGCCACAGAUCUAAUAUACUAAUUUCUUCUGCCCAGGAUGGGUCACUCAUUCUUAAGGAAAAGCUUUCUAAUUGCCUAUCGAACAACCGUUUAAGGAGAUGGUGUGCUUUCGAGUGGUUCUACAGUGCUGUUGAUUACCCAUGGUUUGCUAAAAGGGAGUUUGUGGAGUACUUGAAUCAUGUUGGAUUAGGACAUGUUCCAAGAUUAACCCGAGUUGAAUGGGGUGUCAUAAGAAGUUCCCUUGGCAAACCACGGAGGUUUUCUGAGCAAUUCUUGAAGGAAGAAAAGGAGAAGCUUAACCAAUACCGUGAUUCUGUUAGAACACAUUAUACUGAACUUCGUGAAGGUACCAGGGAAGGGCUCCCAACGGAUCUUGCGAGGCCUCUAUCCGUUGGCCAGCGUGUCAUAGCGAUUCAUCCAAGAACAAGAGAGGUUCAUGAUGGAAAUGUGUUAACGGUGGAUCAUAGCAGGUGUCGGGUUCAGUUUGACCGACCAGAGCUAGGGGUGGAAUUUGUCCUGGAUGUUGAUUGCAUGCCAUUAAACCCAUCGGAGAAUAUGCCUGCAUCCCUGGCAAAGAACCUAGUCACUUUUGAUAAAUUGUUUGAGAAUUUCAACGAACUAAAAAUGAAUGGGUGGGCUAAAGAUCAGAAACAGGAAGGGCACAUGAAAAAUUUUCCUGGUGAAAGUCUGGAACAUGUAGAUGUUCCCUGUCAUGUCUCAUCUUCAACGUAUCCCAUGAGUAAUUUGUUGAAGCAGUCAAAGGGAUCUCCUGCAAAUCCUACUUCGCAAGCUAAGAAUGGACCCAGUGAAACUGCGAACAAUCAACAAACAGCAAAUUCUCAGCCUUCUAUUCUGGCCCAGAUCCAGGCAAAGGAAGCUGACGUGCAAGCUCUUGCUGAGUUGACUCGUGCUCUUGAUAAAAAGGAAGCAGUCGUGUCCGAAUUGAGGCACAUGAAUGAUGACGUGUUGGAAAACCAGAAAGAUGGUGACAAUACUUUAAAGGACACCGAGCCCUUUAAGAAGCAAUAUGCGGCUGUACUUGUACAGUUAAAUGAAGUAAAUGAGCAGGUUUCUUCUGCUCUUUAUUGCUUGAGACAACGGAAUACCUACCAAGGAAGCUUACCACUUGCAAGGCUGAGGACCACAGCCAACUUAGGGGACUCAGGUGGGCCUUUGAGCUCGGUUGAUCAGCCUGCAAAUCACCUCCAGGAAUCAGGACCUCAUGUCCAUGAAAUUGUUGAAAGUUCGAGAACAAAAGCUCGGACCAUGGUAGAUGCAGCUAUGCAGGCUAUAACAUCUUCGAAGGCAGGAGGAAAUACUUUUGAGAGGAUUGAGGACGCAAUAGACUAUGUCAGUAAUCGGCUUUCAUUUGAUGAUUCUUGCUUGUUGGGCAUGAGACAUACUGCUGCCGAUACAAUUCGUGGGAGCUCAGCUUCUCAUGAUCUGUUGACUUCCUGUUGCACUUCGAAUUCAUUGCAUUCAACUGAACCUGAGUUCAAGAACGUAUUGGACAGAAAUGAAGCACAAAUCCCAUCAGAACUCAUAAGUCACUGUGUGGCUACAUUACUCAUGAUUCAGAGGUGUACAGAACGAGAGUUUCCACCGGCUGAUAUAGCUGUGAUACUGGAUUCUGCCGUUGUUAGUUUGCAGCCUUGCUGCUCACAGAACCUUCCUGUAUAUGCUGAGAUACAAAAGUGUAUGGGAAUCAUCAAAAACCAAAUAUUGGCACUCGUCCCCACGUAACCUCGGCAGCUGAAUCCUUUACAAGCAGUGUGUAUAUUAUUUGUAACGUAGAGUUGACAUGGUUCUCGCUUAAGCUUUUAAAUUUUGGGUGAUUCCUGAAUUUACCUUUUAUGUUUUCAUUUCUCACCCCUUGAUUUGAACGGGGAUCGAUUGACAUGCCGAUGUAUUCUGGUUAUGUAACCUGUAAUAAUCGUUUUUCUUCAAUAUAACACGUUUUCUUUUUCCA